UAUAUCAAGAAGUUUUACAAUGAAACUUGGGAAAGAAGAUAUGGCUUCUCGGUGGAUGAAAGCACGCUGACUCUCCUCUGGUCCAUAACUGUUUCUAUUUUUGCCAUUGGUGGCCUUGUGGGUGCCAUUAUUGUUACUCCAAUUGUGAAGUUCUUCGGGCGGAAAUGUACGUUGCUGCUCAAUAAUGUGUUUGCAGUGACAGCUGCGUUGUUGAUGUCCCUCUCCUCGUUGGCGGGGUCAUUUGAAAUGCUCAUACUGGGCCGCAUUAUAAUGGGUGUUGAUGCAGGCAUUUCUCUUAGUGCCCUUCCCAUGUAUUUGAGUGAAAUAUCCCCUAAGGAAAUCCGUGGUUCAUUGGGUCAGGUCACAGCGAUUUUCAUCUGUAUUGGCGUUUUUGCUGGUCAAGUUUUGGGGCUGCCAGAAGUAUUUGGGCAAGAAUCUCGAUGGCCUUACUUGUUUGGAGCGAUCAUUGUUCCUUCAUUGAUACAAGUCGUGAUUCUACCUUUUCUUCCUGAAAGUCCUCGUUACCUCCUACUUGAAAAACAUGACACGAGCAAGGCAGAAAAAGCAUUUCAGACCUUCCUUGGGAAAGAUGACGUGUCUCAUGAAAUAGAAGAAGUUUUGGCAGAGUCUCGAGUCCAAAGAAACACCAAGUUAGUGUCAAUACUUCAGCUCCUGAGAACCCGUGCUGUACGAUGGCAGGUCAUUACUGUGGUCAUCACCAUGGGCUGCUACCAGCUCUGCGGGCUAAAUGCUAUCUGGUACUACACAAACAACAUCUUUAGUGAAGCUGGGAUCAAUCAUGAAACAAUCCCCUAUGUUACUCUAAGUACUGGUGCUGUUGAGACUGUGGCUGCUGUUUUUUCUGGCUUAGUUAUUGAACGACUCGGACGCAGGCCUCUUCUCAUCGGAGGUUUUGGAUUGAUGGUUACCUUCUUCGCAGUACUUACCGUCUCUCUGACUUUACAGAAUACCGUGCAUUGGCUUCCUUACCUCAGUAUAUUUUGCAUCCUUGCAAUCAUUGCAUCAUUCUGCAUUGGACCAGGUGGUAUUCCGUUUGUCCUCACCGGAGAGUUUUUCCAGCAGUCGCAGAGGCCAGCCGCAUUCAUGAUUGCUGGGACAGUCAACUGGCUUUCCAACUUCGCAGUCGGACUGCUCUUCCCUUUCAUUCAGGCUGGUUUACAGACCUACUGCUUCCUAGUGUUUGCUGCCAUCUGCUUUGCAGGAGCUACCUACCUGUUUUUUGUCCUGCCUGAAACAAAAAAUAAGACAUUUCACGAGAUCAGCCAGGCAUUUGCCAAAAGGAAUAAAGUAUCUUUAGAAAUGCAAGAAAUGAACCACUACCCGGGGGAGAGGAAAUCAAGUGCAGAACAAGAAUCAAACUUCACAUCUUCGGUGAACAAUGGGGAAACCAAAAAAGCGAUUGUGUAA